AUGUCCGGCCCAUCGCAAUCAUCGGCGACUCGCAUCGUCCAAUCCCUCCUAUCUUCCCAUCCGCACCUGUCCACUCAACAGAUGUAUCAAGCUGCCACUGAAGGACUACGACCGGUACUGAGGCCUGCCCAUGUGCUAGAUAAUCAAGGCAGGAUAAGAAUGAAGAGAGUCAGUAAUAUGAGAGAAGGAAGGAGACCUUGGGUUCCUAUGCCCACUGCUCCCUUUCCUGAUCAUCCAUUUAAGAGUGUCAACUUUCUGAAACGUACCAUCCUCGCCUCGCUCGAAUCUCAAGGUCUAAUCCACAAAGCCCGUAUCGAACGUCCUAUCGAAACAGAGCAAGAACGACAAGAAGCCAUUGCCAAUGCAAUGCGACUGACGAGGAAAGACGAGCGUACAGCUAUGAGGCUGAAGGAACCCGUCCCAAUACCUAGAGUACCCAAGACGACAGUAACUGAAUUCGCAUGGAAGAUGGGUCCUUCACCUCAACGCGCAACAGGUCUAUCAGAGGUUGAUGCUGACCAAAUUGGAUUUGAGAAAAAUAAUAGGAAGAAAGAUAAACCUCCUCAUCAGCUGGAAGAAGGGGAAGAGGUGGAUGAAGAGGAACUAGAAUGGAGGAAGUUAAAUGAGUUGGACGAGAAGGAUGAUCAGGAUUUAGCGAUGAGGAUGCAACGUGCUUGGGAAAGGAAUCGAGGUGAACCCCUACCGUUGGGUACUUCUGCUAUUCAGGACGAGCCUGUAGAUGAAAUUCAGAAGAGAUGGGAUCAAGCUGUACGACUAGAAGAGAAGUUUUCCGAAUCUCAGAUGAUAGAACAACAGCAGAUAGCGGAGCGUCAACAGGCUCGACGAGCUGCGUUCAAAUUGGAGAGAGAAAGGAAGAAACAGGAGAGAUUAGAAGAUCAAUUGGCAGGUAGGACGGAAGCGAUUAGAGCUGAGAAGAAGAGGAUAGAAGCUCUGGAGGCGAUCGAGAGUUAUGCUAGACAGACUGGUGAAGAUGUUAGUGGAUGGUAUGCCGAAUUGGGAAUUAAUGAAGGUGAAGAAUUGCCGGUUAAUGAGGAUAGGAAGAAAAGGAGAGGAGGUGGUGGAUUCGGGUUGAGGAGAGAUGCGUAG